AUGUCCCAAUCAGUGUCGGACCCGGUCUAUCUAGGCCCUCAGUUAUCGGUAGCCCAUGUCGCGCUGGUGAAGUUGCACAACGAAGUCGCGCGUGCAGGUCUUUAUAAUUCUGCAUCUUCGACUCUUUACAGUGGCGGUCUGGAUGGAAAGCUCUAUGCUUGCACAGUCAGGGAAGGCGUUGCUGAUGCUCUUGAGAACCCAAUGGAAGUGACAAGUGUUUCGGGAAUUUCUGCACUUUGCCUGACAGCCAGUGGCGUAGUCGUUUGUACAAUGGAUGGGAUCGUUUUUCAUUACAGAAACGAUGACUCUAUAGACUUGCUCCAGCCCAAACCCCAGCAGAGCUGUCGCAUAGCAGCAGUGUGCUACGACGAAGUUAAUGAUACGCUGAUAUUUUCAGAUUGGAGCGCAGAGAUACACGUUAUCGAAAACGCAUCUAUACCUAUUAGGAAAAGGCAAACCAGCAUUUCUCUCCCAAUGUUCACCUUUACCGACGGAUCUCAGAAGGAAAACUCUUGUCUGUCUAUGGCCACCAGGGAUGGUCUCCUUAUAGCUGGGUUUGCAAGUGGUGAAAUAAGGGUUUACGAUAUAGAUACUCUUGUAACCAUAAGCAGCUUUGAUUGUUCACUGAUCACCCUCCGGGCCCAUCAUCGGCCAGUGCGGUCUAUAGAGCUUGUUGACGUUGUAUUGCUGAAGCGGCUUGCCCCUAGAAUCUUAUCUAGUCGUUUCCCAGAGAAAAUAAUGCCUCUUUUCUUUAGCACAGGAAAUGACGGCUCUGUGUUCUUUCACUAUCCGGAGUCUUUGACCCUUUACCGCUCUCACAAGCUUUCUUCGGCACAGUUAACGGAUCAGUAUCUUUUCCGAGCCAAGCUCUUUACACUUGGCACUGUUGAUAAGCCACGAGUCUACCUUGCAGUGGGUGGCUGUGACCUGCAACUAUACAUAUAUGAUUGCACGCUUCUUCUCUCCACCGCCUUGACAGGCUCACUAAUCGUUAACCAGACCUUGUCUUCUUCGGAACCUAUCAAUAGUUUGCUACGGGCGAGCUUUCCUGUUUCUGCCGAUGUGUGGGAUAUUUCUGUUGUUCAUUUGAGCACUUCUUCAGACACCGUGCAUCUGAUAUUAUCGCUAGAGUCUGGGGAGCUUCAUGCUCUCCAGGUGGUCUCAGGAGCUUUAUCAGCAUCUCAGCAAGUAGCUACGAUGGCCUUCAUCAGGGAAAGAUUUGGCCCAUCAGUUUUGAUACCUUCUAGCCGAGUCACUGGUACCCAUAACUCAUUCGUCCCGCCUAAAAACGUCUACUGUAAGUCACCCAGUGAUCUGCCGCGUGACACAGGUAACAAAUCCACUCAGUCGUUAGCUGGUCGCAUUGCGGUAGUGUUGCGCAAAGAGGCACCUGCAAUAUACAUUUAUGUCAAUAGGAGCUGGGUUUUCUGCGGAUUGGUUAAGCAGAACACCCCUGCUGUGGAGGGCGACAAGAAGGCUGAUUCUACAGGGAAGCUAUGGGACCUGGCGCUCCCAGUACAGAACGAUCAGACAGGUGGAAGUUACACUCUGUUCAUGAAUAUCGAUGAGGACCCUUGGGUGGUCGCGGAGCGCUUCAUUUUAGGGACAAAUAUAAUAGAAACAGAUAGAAACGACAUCAACUACUACAAACGUCAAAUAUAUGACUUUAUAGUGAGCAACAUACCGAAAACUGAUGUUUUACCGGUGUUCCAGGCAGGUUGGGAGGAUCCAACUGAUUAUUCACUGCAGAUCAGGCCAGAAACAGGGUAUACUACGUGUUUGAUUGACAGGAGCACGGGCACUUCUAUUGAGAAACCUGCUCCCAAAGAGAUCACAGAGGAACUACUAAAGAAGUGCGUCACGCUUUUAACUAACUCUUCUGAACAGAACUUGCAAUAUGCUUUGUUCCUCAACGAUAUCGGCUCUACUACUCUGUGGUUGCAAAAUACUGAUUGCAUGAAGCUAUUAUCUGUGAGGUUUACUAUCCUCUUGCAAGAUAUACAGAAGAGCAGUACGAGUCACAUUGGAGUGUCACAAGAGACUUGGAAGCUUCUUGGUGCACACUUUGUUGUCUUAUCAUACAUAUUCUUGAACUUCUCUAAUAGUACGCCCGUUAUCAAUCUAUACAAAGCCGUGCUGCUUCUUCUUAGGGGCACUUCUCUCUCCUCGAUAUACACACAGCUGGCUACCGGCACCUUGGCAGAGAAGACCGUCGGUGUGUUCUUCUUCCGUUUUAUCUCGGCACUAAUACUGUUUGAAGACACGGCUAUGGCUGAUGUCUUUGUAUGGUUUAGCGAUUUGGUAGACGCUGCUCACGGGCCUGUAUUGGGACAGUUUAUUACCCAGGAAGAUCAUCAGUAUUUAGAACAUGUUUGUGAGCACGCGACAAACAGACUUGCAGGACAACGCAUUGGCACGUUUUUAUCAUCUCUUGGUGGCAGGAUUGGCACGGACCCAUGA